AUGGCGUUGUCUCCUCCACAGUUGCAAAGAUUCCUUUUAAACAGAAUCGCUUGCAACUCAAGCCAUAACAAGAUCACUGGCAAAAACAUUAUUGCUAAGGCACGAACUGGUCGGUGUUGCUCUGCUAUAGCAAUCGAUGCACCUUCGUCUUUGACCAGCGUUGUUCCGAUUAGGUGGGCAUCGACGAAAUUGCAAGGUCUACGUGAAGAGAUGGAAGACGAUGUUGUUAUUGUUCAGUCCGAUGAUCUUCAGGGUUUCUCUUUUGCCGCUGUUUUCGAUGGCCAUGCGGGCUUUUCUUCUGUCAAAUUCCUCAGGGAUCAGCUUUACAAAGAGUGUGCAACAGCUUUACAAGGUGGGCUGCUGUUGAGAGGAAAGGACUUCAGUGUCAUCAGAAAGGCAUUACAGGAGGCUUUUGAGAAUGCCGAUGCAAAACUGUUAAAGUGGCUUGAGAUGAGCGGGGAGGAAGUCGAGUCUGGUUCAACAGCUACUGUUAUGUUCAUUGGAGAUAACAUGCUGUUCAUCUCACAUGUUGGUGAUUCAUGUGUGAUUCUUUCCCGAUCUGGAAAGGCAGAAGUACUGACCAAUUCUCAUCGACCCUAUGGAAACAACAAGGUUUCUCUUCAAGAAAUCAGGCGAAUCAGAGAAGCAGGUGGAUGGGUGUGUUUUUCUAUUCUGAAAUCCUUUUCAUUCUCUAGAUUUGCAUUGGGAGUCUGUUCUGAAUGGAAGAAAGUGUCUAAUUUUGUUAAUCCUCUUGACUUGCCCUGA